AUGUCGUUAACUACAGUAGCCAUUAUGUACAGUAACACCAGAUACAUAUCGACAGUCAACUACGUGCAUUUUGAAAAUAAUCAGGAACAAAAUCAAAUACCUAAACAUAUAGACCAAAACCGGUUAGUCCUAAAUGACACUUUUAAGACUGGUUCAGAAGUAGGCGUUGAAAAUAUGAUUGUAAAAGAUUCAAGAAGGCUGUUAGAAGUGAUAAAUUCUUCAGAGAACUUGAGUGUUUACAUAAAAGAUCUGGAUGGUGUUUUGGAAGAUGUUUCUAAUGUGAAUGAUGAUAUAUUCAAAGGUAAUCACACUGAAACUAAUCUGGAAACUCGUAGAGGAGGAGAAUUUAAUUCACCAAUAAAAUAUGUUCGUGACGAUAAAAUAGUGAUAGCUUUGUAUCACAUUUACCAUACACAGCUGAAAUGGGCUACCAAAAAGUUGGACAUGUCUAAAUGUUAUCACACUUCAAACUGUAGAGUUAUACACCAGGCAAAAUGUUCCGAUACACCUGUAGAGGCGGAUGCUGUUGUAUUCCAGGGAAACAACAUGCCGAGGGAUCGUCCCACAAGACUUGAUAAAAACCAAGUGUUCGUGUAUCUAAAUAUAGAAUCACCGCAAUAUCUUCAACAGACCAGAAUAGGUAACCCCUUUUUUAAUGAUUUUUUCAACUGGACUAUGACAUACAGACAAGAUUCUGAUAUCCCAUACCUCUAUGGAACAGUUUUACCUCGAAGUUAUGAUAAAAGUGAGUAUUUAUCGAAAGCUGAGAAAGUGAGCGGAGCUUUGGAUAUCAAAAAUUACCACGACAAAUAUAACAUUACAGACAGACGUACAGAUAGAGAUAAGAAGAACUAUUCCGCUAUAUUCAGAAAAAAGAAAAAAUCUUCUGUUUGGUUCGUGAGUCAUUGCGGUACAGCGAGUAAAAGAGAGCUGUAUAUUUCAAAAAUGAAGAAAUUCACCGAUGUUGAUAUAUUUGGAAGAUGCAGUGAAAGAACAAACGAGUGUCCAAAAAAGAAUCCACACUGUGGCAAAAAUGUUAAAGAUAACUAUAAAUUCUUUUUGGCUUUUGAAAAUUCGCUUUGUGAGGAUUACAUAACAGAAAAAGUUUUCAGGUGGCUAAGUGAGGAUAUUAUAGUUGUUGUGCGCGGGGCGCGUUAUUAUAAACGCUAUUUGCCAGACGGUACCUAUAUCGACGCAGACGGCUUUAAUUCAGCAGAAGAUCUUGCCAAAUUUUUGACACAGUUAGGUUCAGAUGAAGAUGAAUAUUUGAAAUAUUUGAAAAGAAAGGAUGAAUAUCAGGUAAUUAGCGAGGAAGAGCACGUGCAACUUGCGUACUGUAACCUGUGCUAUAAAUUGAACAAUCUAGAACGUUUCAGAAAACCCGCUCGUCUUUUAUACGAGUGGUGGAACGCUGAAAAAUGUAUUAGACCAAACGAUAUAUUUAGGUAA